AUGGACGACGACGUCGAGUCCGAUGCAAGGCCGGCGAGCACAAACGGCCUCUUCCUGCUGCUCUCGCUGUUCCUCUUGCCGACGAGCAAGGCGGUGAUCGCCAAGGGCGGCGGUUUGCACCACCACCACCACCACCGGCGCCGGGCGGGGGUGGUCGACGGCGGCGCGUUCCGGUGCCGGACCGGCUGGGCGUGCGCCGAUGGUCUCGACCUCCUGCUCGGCGUGCGCCCCGGCAAGGGCGCCGCCGCCAGCGACGUGCACCGGUGCCACGCCUGCGGCAUCGUGUUCCCAACGGGGCAGGCGCUCGGCGGCCACAUGCGCAGGCACAGGGCAGCGUUCGACGCCGCUGCACGGGAGGGCACCACGAAGCCGGUGCCGGUGGUCGUGUCCGCUGAGUCGUCGUCGGAGGAAGUUGAUGAUGACGCCGGCCACUUGUCUAGUAGCAACUUGAUCCACUUCAUAUGA